AUGAGCUGUUUCCUGCAGAAUUCCUCUGCUAGCUAUGGGGGUGGCUCCUGCAAGCUGGGAGGAGGUCUCAGUAUCUCUAGCGGCUCAACCCGGUUUUUCUCUGGGGGAUCAUCUGGGGGCCUUGGGGGUGGCAUGAGCUGCGGCUUUGGUGGAGGGGCUGGUAGUGGUUUGGGUGGAAGCUUUGGAGGUGGCCUUGGAGGUGGCAGCUUUGGUGGGUGUUUUGGUGGUGGCUUUGGUGACUUUGGUGGAGGAUAUGGUGGUGGCCUUGGCAUCUGCCUCAGUGGUGGCGAUGGCAGCCUCCUCUCUGGCAAUGAGAAGACCACCAUGCAGAACCUCAACGACCGCCUGGCCUCCUACCUGGAGAAGGUGCACGCCCUGGAGGAGGCCAACACUGACCUGGAGGUGAAGAUCCGUGACUGGCAUCUGAAGAAGAGCCCAACCAUCCCAGAGCAGGACUACAGCCCCUACUUCAAGACCAUCGAGGACCUCCGGGCCAAGAUCUUGGCGGCCACCAUCGAAAACAACCAGAUCAUUCUGGAGAUUGAUAACUCCAGGCUGGCUGCCGACGACUUCAGGCUCAAGUAUGAGAACGAGCUGACCCUGCGCCAGAGCGUGGAGGCCGACAUCAACGGCCUGCGCAGGGUGAUGGACGAACUGACCCUGAUGAAGACUGACCUGGAGAUGCAGAUUGAGAGCCUGAACGAGGAGCUGGCCUACAUGAAGAAGAACCACGAGGAGGAGAUGAAGGAGUUCAAAAACCAGGUGGCCGGCCAGGUCAAUGUGGAGAUGGACGCCACCCCAGGCAUUGACCUAAGCCGCGUGCUGGCGGAGAUGAGGGAGCAGUACGAGGCCAUGGCGGAGAAGAACCGCCGGGAUGCCGAGGCCUGGUUCCACAGUAAGAGCGCAGAGCUGACCAAGGAGGUGUCUUCCAACACCGCCAUUAUCCAGACCAGCAAGACGGAGAUCACGGAGCUCAGGCGUACGCUCCAGGGUCUGGAGAUUGAGCUGCAGUCCCAGCUGAGCAUGAAAGCCGGGCUGGAGAGCACGCUGGCGGAGACCGAGUGCCGCUACGCCCUGCAGCUGCAGCAGAUCCAGGGCUUCAUCAGCAGCAUCGAGGCCCAGCUGAGCGAGCUCCGCAGUGACAUGGAGUGCCAGAACCAGGAGUACAAGAUGCUGCUGGACAUCAAGACGCGGCUGGAGCAGGAGAUUGCCACCUACCGCAGCCUGCUGGAGGGCCAGGACGCCAAGUAG